AGAGAGAAGAGAGAGAGAGAGAGAGAGGAAGGCAGACAACACCACUACUAUCCCUGCGCCUGCUGGCUGGCUGGCUACACUUCUGGCUCCCUUGACAUUAUCCAGUUCGGCACUGGCUGUGGUAUCGCCUUCUCGUCGUCCGUCUCUCCCUCUAUAAGGGCUUGAUAGGGCGCCUACCGCUGCCCUUCGGAAUCUUUGUUUAUCAUUUCAUCAAAAAAAUCCUGGAAUCUCCCCCCCUCCCCCCUAAAACCCGGCAAAUCUGGAACCAUGCUGAGCGCGAGUGCGAGAGGAGGAGUGGUGGUGUUGUGUGAUUGAGGUCUAUAAGUCUAGUAUAUAUCUCUUUCGAAAUCUCUUAUUUUUUUAUUAUUAAAGUGGUUGAUAGUGAAUUAUUAUUUUUGAAAUUCUUUUAAUAAUAUUCCUGGAUCUCUUAUAUUUUGUUUUAACGACGAUGUGGUGGUGUGGGAAGAUGGUUAUGUGGCGGAAGUGUUGCCCGCUUUCUCUCUGUGGCGGUGUGGCCAUCCUGACGCUGGUGGUGAUGCUGGCUACGACUGCUUCGUUAUCCGAGGCCAGGAGGAAUGACCGUGUCAGGGGCCACUGCAACAAGACCGUCGACAUCUACGAGGACGUCUCGUCCCCGGAACUGACCCGCCAGAACCGCUACAAGCCCCUCACCUGCUGGUACCGGUUCAGGGUCACGAAGCCGGCCAUCAAGGACGACUGGGUCAUCGUCGUCCGGUUCAAGAGCUUCAAGGUCGGACGCGUCCUGAACGCUACGCACUGCGAAAACGGAUUUGUUCAGAUCAUGGACGGCAACGCUCAGACCGAAGUCUCCAACAGGAGGAACUUGGGAAUGUUCUGCGGAGAGAUCGAGCAGACUCGGACCUUCAUCUCUGAGACCUCCUUCGUUAAGAUCAUCUUCUCCGUUAACAACUUCACCGAAGAGACCUACCUCAGCUUCGACUCGCGUGUCGAGCAGCAGAAGGAGGUAUUCGGACGUUUCGGUCCUAACCCAGUUUUGUACCCUUAUCGUCGAGGCGAGGUCGUCCCCGGAACGUACUGCGAGCGCAUGUUCACGGACUGCAAGCUCCAGUCCUGCUUUGUCCAGUCGCCAGGCUACCCGAGCGUGUACCCGCGCAACCUCCACUGCAAAUACUACCUCAACACACGCCUUCCAUUCAUCAAGCUCUACAUUGAGAACGAGGAGUUCAACGUGGAUGGCCAGCGAUGUGAAAACCCCAUGAUGUGCCCCAUGCGCCCUAUAAGUACCAACUGCCCCUUCGACUUCAUCAGGAUUUAUGACGGGAAAAACGAGGACGCCGCUCUGAUUGGGACCUUCUGCGGCAUGGGCCGCUUCCCCCACUCCAUCAUAGGGUCAGGGCAGGACAUCAUGGUAGAGUUUGUGUCCUCUGCUGCAGGGCCAUUCCUCAACACCGGCUUCCACUUCAACGUUGGCAACUGGCCCGGGCACGUGGAGUCGAGCGGAUCGCGGAAUGGAACGUGCGACUGGGUAUUUUCCAGUGAUACUGUCGAGCGCGGGCAGGAGUCGAUUUUCCUCUCCCUAGCUCACUGGUAUCCUGCUGGCACCUCCUGCUCAUACCUCAUUCGCGGGAGGCCAGACGAGGUUGUCAGGAUGUACUUCCCAUCCUUCCGCGUGCGUCCCAUAGAAGCCCCGAUCAGGCCCUAUGACGGCGACUGCGGCGAAACCCUGAUCAUCUACGACUCCGACAGGGAGGAUGAUGCCCGCAUCAUGAAGAUGUUCUGUGACACUUUCUCUCGGCCUCUAGAGAAGCACGACUUCAUUUCAACUGGCAGUGCCAUGUUUGUCAAGUUUGAAAGCCGCACAGGCAGUUAUGAUGGGUCCUCUCUUUAUUACUGGGCUCAGUAUGAUUUCUUCAACAACACUCACUAUGGAAAACCUGUGGAAGAUACACUGUGCGACGAGCUCUUCGAGUCCUAUGUCCGGCCUGAGGGCAAAUUUGGAUCUCCCCUGAACACACUCCUCUACAAAACAGACACGGACGUCAUGUGCCGAUACCAUUUCAAGGCGCCCAGGUACCAGUACCGUCGCAUACUGCUGACCAUAAAUUCAACUAAUUUCAAGCACAAUGAAGACACUUGUACAGAUUGCUUAAACGAUAAGGUAGAUAAGCUGAAGAUCAUUGACCCGUUCCGCAACGGAACUAACCUAUGUAUAUGCGACAACUGGGUAACAACUAAUCGCCUUCCUCCUAGCAUUGUUUCAAACGGACCAUCCUUAUCCCUAGAAAUGCAUAUAGAUCAUCGCCACGCUAUGCAGAAUUACUUCAAGUCUAACAUACCAAUAUUUGAGGGAACAUACAAAUUUAUACAUAGCCCAAUCUGUGGUCCUACGGUAAUACCUGCUGCAACUGAAGGGAACAUUGUAUACCCAAAAUAUGAGCCAUACGUCUACGGUGGUUAUGGUGAGGACGUUCACUGCAUCUGGGAGCUAAGAGUUAAGCAGGAACGCGAUGUUUGGAUUUAUGUCGACAAGCUGGACUUCUCACUCAGUGACUGCUCUCUUGAAGUGAUUGAGGUCUUCCUGCCUGGGCGAGAUCGACCAGAAUUCACAAUAUGUGAAAAAGGUGAUACUUCAGAUGAGACGAAGGCCACAAUACUCAAGGCUAGGGACCUGACAGAGGGAGCUGUCAUCAUUCACUUCAAGUCCUCUGCUCCUGGCCACUCUAACUUCAAGCUCACGUGGACUGAGCUGUUUGAACUGCCAAAAAACAGUGAUGGGACAGUGAUGACUUCAAAGUUGAUGGCUCCUGGGGAAUGUGAGUUUGUAUGUCCAGGUCAGGCUGCCUGUAUCCACGAUGACCAGGUAUGCAAUGGAGUCCGUAACUGUCCAGGGAACAGUUCAGCUGCAGCACAGCACGACGAAGCUCCUGAGAUCUGCUUUGCUCGUACUGGAUCCAAAUUCAACUACUGGGCCUUGGGCCUAGGGGCAGCUGGAGGCACCAUCGUAGCCGUAGCUGUUAUCAUUUUAGUAUGUCGCAACUGCAGGAAGCGUCCCGACGAUGGAUCGUAUUAAUAUGGCUAUGCAAAUAAUAAGAUUUUUACUGUGGACAAUAAUGUAUUUAAUGUUUAAAGAAAGAGGUGAAGGGGCUCAAAGAGAACAUUAUUUGGCCCUCUGUUACUCUCUUGAUAAAAAAAAACAUCCUGUUUCUGGAAAGGUAAAGAAACACAAAGUAACUAUUGCUUGAAGGCAUAGUUGAAGAGUCAUGAAAACCUGAUCGUUGGCUAUUGCGUUUUGGGAAAGUGGUGUUAAUAAAGUAGGAGCUCAUUAUCCUUGCUCUCAAAAUGAGAGGCAGAAAAGAAACAGUGGUAUCAGACACGGUUCUUACACGUUUUGUAAAAGCAGUAUCAUAAAAAAAAACUGAAGUGUAAGUUCAGUGAGAGGUAGAGAAAUAUUCAGUGCUUGUUUAUAUGUUGUGGGAUAAAAGGCGAGUCAGAGAUAUAUAUCACAAAAUAUAUGUAUAUCAAAUACUUAUUGAAUAAUAUAUGUAUUUUGUUUUCAUGUGUUCUGUACAUACCAAAUAUUAGGAUGUAAAGAAGAAUCUUAGGAAUUUCAAUCGAUUUGAGUUACCCUCUCCCCUCCCUGCAGGCCCCCUGCUCCAGUAUGUCCCAAAUGGAAAUCAAAAGCAGUUCUUUGGAUUAAGUACAAAUAAACAUAUGUGGACCAUGUAAGCCCGUAAUCACAUGCGAGACAAUAACACAUUGAAAUACACUAGAAAUGUAUGAACCGGUUUCGCCGGAAACUCUGGGUCAUCAUCAUCUGUCAAUUCAUAAAUGCGUGCGAGAGACUCUCCCGUUGUUCAUCGUUCGCAUGAAUAUUCUCCUCAACUUCGAUCCUUUUAUAAAUGAAGCAUAUUCUCAUCUAGUUCGUUUUCUAUGGUAUAUAUACAUUUAAGGAGAUUUAAGGAGUUCCAACGCAGAGUUGUGAGAUUGUCAUUGGUUCUCGCCGUGGCUCGUAGUGCAGCUUACUGAAGGAUAUAAGGAAUAUAAUCCUACUGACAAAAGUAAAUAAGUAUUACUAAUGGUCAUGUGAUAAGUGGGGGGGCGUCGUAUAUCAUUCCAGAAAAAUCAUACAGAACAGAAGAAGUCAUAAUGUACAGCUGAUUCGUUGAAAUACUCUCUCUCUCUCUCUCUCUCUCUCUCUCUCUCUCUCUCUCCAAACGAAAUCAUUUUAUUUUUCUAAAUAAAUCAUCACAUAUAACAAUAACUGUUCAGAAUGUAUUAAAUCAAGUCAUGAAUACGUAGAGCACAAUAAAGGAAAAAAGGUAUAUUGCAUAAAAUAUUAACGUAAAACAGGAUGUAAAUGUCAUUCAUUACUUAUAAAAUCAUCCUGAAUAAUACAUUAUCCUCUGAAACAAUAAGUUGCUUUAUCUAGUAUAAAAGUUAAACAGUGUAUAAAAAACAAUGAGAAAUGUCAAAGCUCGGAAGAUGGAAUCAAUGGUUAUCACAAAAAGAGAGAGAGAGAGAGAGAGAGAGAGAGAGAGAGAGAGAGAGAGAG